AUGAUGGGGGAAAGUACGAGGGACGAGGCGUUACUGGGCCAGCUCAGCGAGUCGGUCAGGGAGAUCUAUGAGUUGCCCGAGUGCAGAACGGUUUCCAGGAAGAUGUACUGUAAUCUGGUGAGAAGGGUGAAGCUUUUGAGCCCUCUGUUUGAGGAGCUUAAGGACGUUGGAGAAGAUGGGGAGCUUGGGGACGACGUCGUUAGGGGGCUCGAGUCGCUCAGAAUCGCUCUUGACUCGGCCCUUGAGCUGUUGAAAUCAGUCCAUAAAUGGAGUAAGAUUUUUCAGGCUCUCCAAGUCGAAAAAAUUGCGGCGAAAUUUGAAGACGUAACACAACUGAUUGAAGCUUCACUUUGUCAGAUUCCCUAUAACAAACUUGAUAUACCCGAUGAAGUUCGAGAACAGAUUGAACUUCUCCACCACCAAUUCAAACGAGCAAUAGCUCAAACGGAGUCGCCUGAUUUGCAACUCGUGGUGGACUUAGCCGCCGCACAAAUGGAGGAUGAUCCCGAGCCGUCGGUUUUCAGGCGACUUUCCGAAAAAUUGUUCCUUAGGACCACAGCCGAUAUAAAGAGGGAGCUGCUCGCUAUUCACGAGAUGGUCAUAUUGUGCGGUGGUGUGCCUGAGGGAGUCUCGGAGGAGUACAUUGAGACAAUGUCGUACCUUUUGAGGAAGAUCAAGGACUGUGUAAUGAUGGAUGGUCCCGAAAAUGAUGCUACUGAAUUCGACAAGAACUCGAUCAAGCAUAGGUCGCCCAUCAUUCCCGAUGAUUUUCGCUGCCCGAUAUCUCUCGAGUUGAUGAAAGACCCAGUGAUCGUGUCGACUGGACAGACUUACGAAAGAUCAUGCAUCCAAAAAUGGCUUGACGCCGGCCACAAGACGUGCCCCAAGACCCAACAAACCCUCUCCCACACCUCCCUCACCCCUAACUACGUCCUCAAAUCCCUCAUCUCCCUUUGGUGCGAGACCAACGGCGUCGAACUCCCCCUCCCCCACCCCCCAUCCGCCCCCCUCCGCCGCCGCCCUUCUGACUGCGACCGCCUCUCCGUCGACUCCCUCCUCCGCCGCCUCUCCGACCAUUCCGACCCCGACCGCCAGCGCGCCGCCGCCGGCGAGCUCCGCCUCCUCUCCAAACGCAACGCCGGCAACCGCGUCUGCCUCGCCUCCGCCGGCGUCAUCCCCCUCCUCGCCGACCUCCUCUCGUCCCCCGACCCCCGCGCCCAGGAGCACGCCGUCACCGCCCUUCUCAACCUCUCCAUCAACGACGCCAACAAGGGCGCCAUCGUAAAUUCCGGCGCCAUCCCGGACAUCGUUGCCGUCCUCCGGUCGGGUAGCCCCGAGGCCCGAGAGAACGCCGCCGCCGCCCUCUUCAGCCUCUCGGCGGUGGACGAGAACAAGGUGGCCAUCGGGGCCGCCGGAGCCGUGGGCCCGCUCGUCGAUCUCCUCCGGACGGGCACUCCGAGAGGGAGAAAAGACGCGGCCACAGCUAUAUUCAACCUUUGCAUAUACGGCGGGAACAAGGCGCGAGCCGUCAGGGCGGGGGUCGUGGGCCCGUUGAUGGGCUUUUUGAGGGACCCAGGCGGCGGGAUGGCGGACGAGGCGCUAGCGAUACUUGCGAUAUUAGCGGGCCAUCCGGAGGGACGGGCUGGGAUUGCGGGGGAAAGGCCCGGCCCGGAGCUUGUGGAGGUGGUGAGAACGGGGUCGCCUAGGAAUAGGGAGAAUGCGGCGGCUGUUUUGUGGGCGUUGUGUGCGGGAGGAGACGGGCAGUGGCUAAAGGGGGAGGAAGGGGCGGAGGAGGCGUUGAGGGAGCUGGCGGAGAAUGGGACGGAUAGGGCGAAGAGGAAGGCUGUGGCCCUGCUCGAGCUGCUGAAUAGGGCGGAGGACACGGUUGGUUUGUAA